AUUCUCCCCAACGCGUGCCAGAACACGUCCACGUCGAGAAGAGACGAGCGCGUUCCCCUGGACAGGUAUCGCAUCACAUCGCAUACCAUUUCCAGAUCCACAGCUCGACGGCGACAUUGUCAGAGUUGCGCAUUCACGGAUCCUCUUCUGUUCUUGGAUGCCGAGCGUGACGCGACUUCACUAAAGCCAAAGCCAAAGCCAUCUUCUCCCUCACCCACAACCAUUCUCCGAAUUAACCAUAUGGCCGCUGCGACAGUCACCACAAACCCUCAACCGCUUGCGACCACGUCCGAAUCUCGCCAAAAUCAUCUUAACAGAACAUCGUUCACUACUGCUGGCGGCGCAUACGACGAGGACUCGGUGCUGACUCGACCUACUUCACACAUGUCGUUCAGUAUGAGCCAGGGCUCUCAGGGGAGUGGGCUCAUGAUGCAGCCCGGAGGAAGUUUUCGACAGUAUGAAAGUAGCAAUGGGAUCAACCGAAGGAAUUCUGCACCGCAGAUAUACUCGGCCAUAUAUUCAGGGGUAGAUGUGUACGAAAUGGAAGUCAAUGGCAUCGCAGUGAUGCGUCGUCGCAAAGACAGCUGGUUGAAUGCAACGCAGAUAUUGAAGGUGGCCGGUAUUGAGAAGGGAAAGCGCACAAAGGUUCUAGAGAAAGAGAUCCUGAUAGGAGAACAUGAGAAGGUCCAGGGCGGGUAUGGCAAAUAUCAAGGAACAUGGAUCAAAUUUGAGCGAGGUCUGGAGUUUUGCAGACAAUAUGGCGUAGAAGAGCUACUUCGUCCGCUGUUGACAUAUGAUAUGGGCCAAGAUGGAGGAAUCGCGGGACGCGGUGGGAUUGACACUCCUACCAAAGAGCAAGCAAUGGCCGCCCAGCGGAAAAGGCUGUACAAUUCAGGUGUUGAAAGCCGGGAGCGUGGGCAGUCAGGAACGUUCUUCAAGAACAUCUCGAGUACUGCUUCGCAUGCAGUUGCAGCAAUCAGUAAAGCCCGCUUCGAUUCUCCAGUACCGCGAAUAAGAAACGGCAACUCUGCCAGUCGCCCAGCAAGCUUUAGUAGACAGUCUUCACAACAACAUCUUGGGUCUCAAGAGAACGCAUACCCAGGUGGAUCACAGCAAAGCAUGCAAAGCUUUGCUUCAGCUGACAGCUUCGCCAUGAGUGGACAGCCAGAUUCCGCGUACGCAACGCAGUUCUCACAUCCUGGUCGCGAUGAUUUACGUCACGGAGACUUUGAAGAGCCACCUAGAAAGAGAAUUCGGCAUUCGCCAAGUAUGAACGGUCAAUACCUGGAUGAUAACUGCCUCAACAUGUCGAUGCGGGAGGUUUCACCAACUGAGCCUAACGAGUCUUUUGUUUACCACAACCAGCACAUGCAUGCCGAAGGUGGCAACUUCCCACUUGCGCCUCUUCCAAUGCCUUCCAAUCUCCAGGGCAGUGCAAAGAAAGACCUCCUGAUGUCUCUGUUCACUACUCAGGAAGACUUCACUAAUCAUAAAGCAUUCCAGAUAUUGAGUGCUGAGGACCUUGAUACACCCAUCGAUGCCAGCUGCAACACAGCGUUGAUCUGGGCUGCUACGCUUGCUCGAGUCGGUCUCCUCAAGGCAUUGAUUUCACAUGGUGCUAGCAUAUUCAGGGUGAAUUCGUUAGGUGAAACGGCCUUGAUGCGAUCAUCUUUGGUUACCAACAAUCUUGAAGCGGGCAGCUUCGCAGAUAUACUGGAACUUCUCGGGCCAAGUAUUGAGAUCCGAGACUCGCGAGGUCGAACUGUACUUCAUCAUAUUGCGGUCACUUCAGCUGUCAAGGGAAGAAGUCAGGCGAGCAAGUAUCACCUAGAAACUCUCCUCGAGUUUGUUGUUCGACAAGGAAGUGCGCCAAAUAGUCAACAAUCCUUCUCCAACGCUCCCCCACCGCUGAAGACUCUUGGGAUCGGCCGCUUCAUGUCCGAAGUUGUCAACAUUCAAGAUAGGUCCGGUGACACAGCAUUGAAUAUUGCGUCCAGAAUCGGCAACCGAAGUAUCAUUUCUCAGCUAAUUGAGGUCGGUGCGGACGCAUCCAUUGCCAAUCGGUCAAAUUUGAGCCCCAUGGAUUUCGGUGUUGGUGACCCAUCUGAAUUUGAACGCCGUCCAGGUGAGGAGCGUGUCCAAAACAAGUCGAUGAGCAAUGAGAGGAAGGAGAGCAGUAGUGAGAUCAUAAAUUCCAUCACGACACUUCUGAAUCAAACAGAGAGCGAGUUCAGCAAGGAGAUUGAUAAAAAGCAGGCCGUCAUCGAUGAUCUACAUGCUCAACUUCGGGAUGCAUCGGGAGAGCUGGGCGAUCAACGAAGACGGGUCGAGGUUCUUCAGACAGAGGCCAAGGAGCGAGACGCUCGCAAAACCAAGACUGCCAACCUUCGGAGAGCAUACGAUGAGGAGCGAGCACGAUUGUCACAAAUGCAAUUGCAGUUCGGUCAGAUGAAUGGUGAGGCCGAGAUGCAAUUAGGAGAUGCAGAUAAAGGUCUCACUAUCAGCGACCAAGCGUCCUCCAUUCUCGCCAGAAUCAGCGUCAGCCCUCACCAGCCUUUGGUGAUUGAUCGAGCAGACCGGCAAGCCCUCUCGUCUUCACUUCCACCUGCCCACGUCCUUCGAGCUCGACUCAAUGCCUACAGAGCAAUUAAUCAAGAACUGGACGGAAAUGUCCGAGAUCUUCAAAGCAAGAGUUCCGAACUUGCGAGAAAGUACCGCCAGAUAAUAAGCUUGUGUACCAGCACGCCUGAAUCAAAUGUCGACAAUGUCAUAGACAACCUGACAAGAGCGGUUGAGAGCGAGCACCACGAUGUCGAGCUGACGAGAGUAAGGGAGUUCUUACAGAGGGUAGAAGGUGUCUAGAUGCUGCAGGGACAAGAAUGACGAUGAUCUGCAUUGUGAGGCGCAAGGGGCGUUGAACAUAUGGGUACCCAAGGAGGGCAUUUUGUGGUGUAUAUUCUACGGUUUUCGGGCAUUCGGUGCAUUGGUUUACGGUUUAUGUAUGUUAAAGCGGUUUGGGUACACUUUCGCCCUGUGAGCAGUAUCUUACGUUGGCUGAAUGGCAACAAUAAGAAAUUAUCACACGAUGAACGGUUCGAGAAGAUGUGACGCCCCAUGUAUAGAUGUAUAGAGGCGAGCAGUGCAGUUGCCUGCAGAAUGAUUGAGCUG